GAAGUGUCGCGUAAUACAAUAUUUGACAGCACGUGUUCAGUCUGUGAAUUGCAUGGUGCAGCUCUGUGAAUUGCAAUUAAAAAAAAAAACAUAACCAAUUCCUACCAAUUUUGAACAUCAGUGUGAGUUAUCAUGCCGAAAGUUAAAACAGAAAAAAAGUCUGGAAGGAAGGAGGUUUCCAGUAAAGAAGUUCAAGGCCUUCGUUUCAAUACCAGUCUUGGUCAACAUAUUUUGAAGAAUCCCAAAAUUGUAGAGAGUAUGGUUGAAAAGGCUGCCCUGCGCUCCACUGAUACAGUUCUGGAAAUUGGUCCUGGUACUGGUAACAUGACAGUGAAACUUCUUGAAAGAUCAAAGCGGGUAGUGGCCUGUGAAGUUGACCCUCGGAUGGUGGCUGAAUUACAAAAGCGUGUUCUUGGGACACACCUUCAACCCAAACUCCAUAUUAUGGUUGGAGAUGUUCUAAAAACAGAGUUACCUUUCUUUGAUGUUUGUGUUGCCAAUUUGCCCUACCAAAUUUCCUCUCCAUUUGUUUUCAAAUUGUUGUUGCACAGACCUAUGUUUCGCUGUGCAUUACUCAUGUUUCAGAGGGAGUUUGCCGAACGUUUGAUUGCCAAACCAGGUGAUAAACUUUAUUGCAGGUUGUCAGUCAAUACUCAGUUACUUGCCAAAGUAGAUCAUGUUCUAAAGGUUGGAAAAAAUAACUUUCGGCCACCUCCAAAAGUUGAAUCGAGCGUCGUAAGAAUAGAGCCGAAGAAUCCAGCGCCUCCUAUAAAUUUUCGGGAAUGGGACGGGCUAGUAAGAAUUGGCUUCUUGAGGAAGAAUCAGACUAUGAGUGCCUUAUUCAAGCACACGUCCGUGGUCACAGUACUCGAAAAAAAUUAUCGGACACACGCAUCUUUGCACAAUAUUGUUAUCCCGGAAAAUUUCAGCCUGAAGGACAAAACCCAGGCAAUUCUCGUGGAAAGUAAAUUUGACCAGAAGCGUGCAAGAACCAUGGACAUGGAUGACUUUAUAGCAUUACUUCACGCGUUCAACAAGGAAGGAAUUCAUUUUGCCUAGUGUUAGAUAAUCCAAGAGAAUGUUGACAACUGUUCAAGUUGCUGUCGACAAUGUGACGUAUUGGUCCUAGGAAUCUACGGCAAGCAGAUAAGCGUUGAAGAGUUACGGUGCACCGUUACUUCUUCAACGCUCUGCUUGUGAUCUACAAGUCCGCUCCGCUGAGGCCUUUUAUUCAAAAGGAAGUGGAAUGUUCCGAAAAUUACAGGGUGUAGUCUCUACUUUUCGGAUUUGUGAAAGACCCAUAGUUCCAGCUGGAACGUAUUUGUGAUUGAUUCGUAUGGGUUCUCUGAACUCGGUUGUAGUUUGUUUACCUAUCGUGUGAUUCUUUGUAAUUCACCUUUUAGACAGUAACACGAUCGAAA